CGGCCAAGCACGCAUUGAUAAACAAGUCCCGCCCUUUAUGCGUGCUUGGAUCGUCACCAAAGCAGUUGUGAAAUCAAAAACCCCAUUUUUGGCAUGGUCCGGAUUGGAAAAGACUGUAAAUGUUUUGUCGUGCUCCAGCUAGAAAUUUGCGCCGAUCAGCAUCGUCUCCAUGGGGCGCUCUAUUUGGAGGCAUAUCCAGCGUUUGUUCAUUUUCAUCGCAAUUGCGCCAUGAUCAACGAGGAUAGAAGUCAUCUAUCAGCUGUGUUUCGCAGCUUUGAAGACUCUUGCUUGGCAUCAGAAAGAGUUCAAGAUAGUACGUCUAAACUCAUAGAACUUGACAAGCGGAGGCAGAAAAUUCGGGAAGCGUUGCGUUUACUAAAGAAACCUCGCCAGGAGUCUACCACCUGGAUGGCUUUGUCGGAUACACUUAUGAUGGAAUUCACGGCUGAAGAAUCCCUGAAAGUUCUCCAGGAUUCCAUGAAAAAGACCGAAGAUGAUUAUACUCUUGUCAACAAGCAAGCCAGGGAAGAGCUGAAUGCAGCGCUGAAGGCAGAAUCUUCAAAAGACCUUCAAUCUAGAGGAUUUGAUCUUAAACCUAUAAACAGUCUCAAGGCUCUCUUGAAUGUCAAUACAGCAGAUGUGGCCGAGGUUGAAAGGAUAUGCGACUAUCCGCUUGAUAUAAUAUUGGAGGAAAUAGAUCAAAAAGCAGUAGUUGUUUUUGGUGAAAAGGAUGGCGUUAAGCUGAGAUAUCGCGUCACAGGUGUCAAUGGUUUUAAAGUAUCCGGAACAAAAUUCGAAGUUGAUGGUGUUGAACAAGAUGUAUUCAGUUAUCUAGAGGACGAAGCGAAUUUUCCUGUUAGCGUAAGAUUUUCCCCACCUUCCGUUUCAACAAAUGAAAAAAUCAUUCUGUCAUCUAUAUUUCAUUCAUUGUUUUCGUUAGCGGUUCAGCUGAGUCCCGCGGCCAGAAGCUCAGGAAUCGAGGUUAUGGAAACCACUCAGUUUCGUUUGUCAUGUUUGCAAAGCCGAACAGGUGUAAAAUUUGUUGUUGUGACCACUCCCACUACUGCCAUUCCUGUUGAACAACUUUUGAACAAACUCUACGAACUUUAUGCUGAUUAUGCAUUAAAAAAUCCUUUUUAUGCUAUUGACAUGCCUAUAAGAUGCUCCAAAUUCGAGGAGGGGCUGAAAGCAUUGUUGGAACGGGUAGACAAAAAUCCAAGCUCGAUGACAAUUGAUAGCAAUUUUUCUUUUCUUUCAAAGAUUCCCGAUCAGUGCGGCUACAUCGUCUUCUCAGAUGGUGCAAUCGUCAAAUCUGAUGGUGAACUGAGCAAUAAGGAAGGAAUGGUACAUAUUGUCGAGAGGAUCGUAAAUGUUCCGAACACAAGCAUGCUACCGGCUACCAGAUUCAACCAAAUAACAGUGUCCUAUCCAGAUCAUUUUUACACUAUUGCUCAAAGUGGAAAGUAUACUUUUGUUGUCAAACGUAAACAUCAUACGUGAAUGCUAGAACGUUUGGUUUUUUUUAAACCAUUUUGUAUAUUACAUCUCAAGCU